AUGAAAACAAGGCUUCGGGAGGAUUUACUUGCGAGGGAUGAACAGGAGAAAGAGGGAGAGAAAGAUAGGGAAAUUGAUCACGGACGCAUGCGGCGGGAGGAAGGAAAAGCCAAGCCCGUAGUGGCUGAUGAUGAAGAACUUAUUCAGAGAAGGAAUGAGAAGAUUAAGGAGGUUCUCGGCGUUAGUAAAGACUAUCAGCAUGGGGAUUUCCUUCGCAGAAUGCAGGCAGACAAGGAGAAGAAGAAACUUGAGGAAUCUGGUAUCGAAAAGGAAAUCAGUGCGGCAGCAGGGACCGAGAAUGUUGGUGUUGCUCCGGGAUCAAAUGUUGUUCACUUGCGGGGCAAGGAGCUCUCUGCAAACGUUGUUAGUGCGAGCGCAAGAGGCCCAGAGGAUGCUGUUGAGAAGCCAGAAAAUCCGGCUAUCGACGUACACGGAGGUGGGCUCUCUGGCUCGGAAUCAUCGGUGUUGACGCCCUCGUCGCCCUCUUCUGGUUCGUUGGAGUCACCGAAACCGACCAGGCGCUUCGAUGGAGAGGAAGUUUCACCUCCAAUGCGCAGUAAACGGAGAGGCGGAGACGUUCUGUUAGAGGAAUCUCUCAUGCAUAAGACGACUCCAACACGACAAGAGGAAUGCGUAAAGCAGUCACCUUCUGCCAAGUCAAACGAUUACGAAAGAACAGAGCACCCACGUCAGAAACCGGGUCUGGAAAGCUACGAGGGCAAUAAGGAUGAACAUGACCAUAGCGUGGUGAGGGGGGCAGCUGCGACUCGCGGAUCUCCAUUUCAGAGGGAUGAAGACGUCGAUAAACUAAACGCAAUGGUUGGCCCUCGAGACGAGAGACUCGAGAAUGACCGACAUUCCUACAGAACGAAUGAGGACAAGUACCACAAGUACCAACAACCAAAACACGAAUACCACAAUAGGGCUUUCCGGGAAAGUCAAGACUAUGGCAAGGCACCUCGGAGCCCAGAUUGUCACGAUGGGUGGAAGGACAGUCGCAGAUAUAGAGGCGCGAGGGAUAUUGAUGAACUCUGCUCGACAGAUGAGUCUGAGUUGGCGGCGGGAAGGAAGGCGCACGAAAGACGAUUUGCCAGGGAACACUCCGGACACCCGCGAAGACAUGAAAGAUCGCGGAAGGGGAAAAGGCGUAUGUACAGAAGCAGACGAGCGCGCUACAGUGAAGACGACGAUUCGUACGAUUCUAUCUCAUCGGAUUCGCGAUCCCUGUCUCCUCGUGGACGUUACAGAUCGCCCUCCCCACGAAGGUAUCAUUCUAACAGAAGAGACAGCCCACCGCGGAAACGGCUCCGCAAAGAAGAAGGUGAUGCGUACAGUAGGCCACCGACAAACGGCGAAACACGAGGGAGGAGAGAAGCAAGCCGUUAUCGUUCUCGUAGUCGGGACGCUAGCUUUUCACCCGCUCGUGCGCGAUCGCGGUCUCCAGUUCGAGACUACCGGGGGUCGGUAUCGCCGAGACGUGGAGUGCGACACGAUGAACACCGCAGGCAGCAUCGAGACCGGGAUCUGUACGAUUCGGAUGAGAGCUAUCGUUUCGGCCGGACACGUCGUGAGCGCCAGGAAUAUCGGCGCCGAUGCAGUUCUCUGUCUCCGCGACGUACGGGCUCAUACCGAUCGCGGUCGAGGGAUAGACAUUAUUCUCCACCAAGGGACAGGUACUUGUCGCCGUCAAGGGACAGGUAUCAUUCUCCUGGAUGGCAGAGACAUCGGUCUCCAUCAAGGGAUAGACGCCGGUCUCCAUCAAUGGAGAGGCAUCGAUCUCCGCCAUCAGACAGAUAUCGCUCCAUGGCAAUGGAUAGAAGUCGUUACAAUCCCAAGGACAGAUAUCGCUCACCGUCUGUGGACAGAAAUCGCUCGCCAUCUGCAGAAAAGGGUGUGGGGCGCAGUCGACAAGAGGGCUCAGAACGUCGACAGACAGAGUUCGGAAGCAAAGAGGGUUAUCGCUCGCACUAUUAA